GCCCAUGGGAGAGGAGGCCUCAUAUACACACACACACACACACACACACACACACUGCAUGAACUCUCUCCAGGAUGACACAGCUCCUUUUUCUCGUUGUUCUCCUUCCUCAACUUCCAGCACAAGACAACUGAUGGUUUAAAGCACAUUAAAAAGGCAAAAAUGUCACGAAUUAACUUUUGAGAAAGGAUCCCUGUGACUUGAAAUCCAUUCCAGGUGUCCUGGGCACUGUGACCACAGGGCAAGAACAGACAGUGUUAGAGGGUCAGUCAAUCACUAUCCCCUGCCAUUACAGCCCUGAGUACACUCUGAAUGUGAAAUACUGGUGCCAGGGUUCCAUGAAGGACUUUUGCACCAGUUUGGCACGCACAGACCAGCCACAAUCUGACAGAAUAACCAUUGCUGAUGACCCGACGCAGUACGUGUUCACAGUGACCAUGCGCGACUUGAAGGAGCAGGACUCGGCCUGGUAUUGGUGCGGGGUGGAAAUAGGAGGGAUAUGGACCAAGGACAGCACCAAGUCACAUUAUAUUGGUGUAAUACAGGGGAUGUCCGUAGAAAGCAAUGAAGUAAGUGCUGAGGAGGGUGGCAGUGUCAGUGUGCAAUGCCUUUACAGCAAGAAACACAGAGAGCAUGAGAAGAGGUGGUGCCGGAGCGGCCAUUCACGCUCCUGCAAGGUUACAAACAAUGGGACGUUCAGCAGUAAAACUCUGCUCAUCAGUGAUGACAGGAAAGACACAGUUACAGUGACGAUGAGCCAGCUGGAGAUGCGGGAUGCAGGAUGGUAUUUUUGCGGAGCCGGCGAGCAUCAAGUGUCUGUUUCUGUGUCGGUCACACCAAGAACAAUUACAACUGCCAUGAAAGAAAAACCACCACAGCAUCUGUCUGAAGUCAAAUAUCAGGACUCUGACAGUCACAACAUUUGGCAGCCUGUUCUGAUAGCCUGUGGAGUUCUGCUCUUCCUGCUGACUGCAAUCUUGGUAACAAGGAGGAUAUGGAAACAAAUGAGUAUGUCUAAGGAAAGGUGGACGCUGGAAAGCUCUUCUGUAAUCUUCCUGAACACUGUAUUCGGUGACAUGCUGAGGAAGAAACCUAUGAAUGACAAGAAGGAAAGAGACAACCUGAAGAGGCUUUAGUUCAACAGAAUCAUUGAGCAAUAUUGAUAGUUAAACUUGAUGCUGUUCAAAUUCAAAUUUGUUGUUAUGAUGUUUCAUAUCUUAACCAAAUUCUUUUGUAUGACUUUGUUAACAAGACUGCCUGAUGUCUGUUUAUCCAAAAAUUGAAAACAUGUCUCUUUAUCUCGCAUUUAAAAAAAACAAACAAAUGUAAUUUGAUGAAAAUUUGUAUAAACUAAUAAGCUAGCAACUUUAGCUCUCCGUGACAACAUUGGUAUGAAAUCCAGCAUAAGCCAUAGAAUAAUCUCUAUGAUUUCUCUUAAUGCUAUAAUCUUAUAAGAAAAUAAUUAAUAGUUGGGUUUGGAUUAUGAAGCGUCCCUACUGUGACCUCACAAACAAAUUAUUUUAUUAUCUUACAUCACAUAUAUCAGCCAAUGUUAAUAUUUUAAAAUAUAUUUAAAAUGUAUUUGUCCAUUUUAGUUGAAUUUCUGAUAAAUGUGCACAAAACGUUAUGUUAUAUGCUUUAGCAGCAGUAAACAGUCUUUUCUCACCUUUCUUUGCACUCUCAUUAUAUUAGUAAGAUAAAAAAAAAUCUAAAAAUCUUUUCUAAAAAAAGUUAAGAAAAACAGUUUAAUGGUAUCAAAAAACUAAUAAGCUCUCUAUCAUAAAGUUUUUCAUACUCAACUUUAAAUUCCCUGCUUUACCUCUGAAUAAUUAAAGUGCUGACAGAGAAACUCCUUCCAAAAAGUAAGUAAGUAAAGAUUUUUAAUACUCGCAGAAAAUGUCACUAUAUCCACAGAUCCACACAUAUUUAAUCAGCAUCUGCAACAAAAAAUUGUUUUUAUUUAAUGGCUCUGAUAAUCAUUGUAAUACUUAUUCAGUGUUUGCUCUGGAAAUAUUUUUAAUAAAGCAUGUUAAUCAAAA